CGGUUAUUAGAAAGAACGACUGAAAUCGACGCUACAGGAUUAUGUUCGGCUAUAUUGUUUUGAUUCUACUUUUAUCAGAAGCCACUGCAAGUUAUAAAAGAGUAUGCUACUUUACAAACUGGGCCCAGUAUCGUAAUGGAAUCGGAAAGUACAAGGCCAACAAUGUAGAUCCGUUUCUAUGCACGCACGUGGUCUAUGCCUUCGCCAAGGUCGAAUCCAAUAACAUCAAACCAUAUGAAUGGAAUGAUCUUAGUUCAUGGAAACAAGGUCAGUAUGAAAUGAUGCACGAUGUAAGAAGUAAAAAUCCUGACUUAAAACUACUGUUAGCUGUUGGAGGAUGGAAUCAUGGUACUAAACCAUUUACCAGUAUGGUGGCAAACCAAACAAAUAUAGAUGCAUUCGCUACAAAUUCAAUAAAAUUCCUUCGGCAAAAUGGUUUUGAUGGUCUUGACUUAGAUUGGGAAUAUCCUGCCAACAGAGGGAGCCCUCCAGAGGACAGACAGAGAUUUACUUCUCUAGUUAAGACAUUACGAACAAAAUAUGACAGUGAAUAUUUAAGAAAUGGUAGUUCUCGUCUGUUGUUAACAGCAGCAGUGGCAGCCAGUAAACCGGAAAUACAGACUGCGUACGAAAUCAGCAAAAUAGCAGGAUAUUUGGACUUUAUAAAUCUAAUGGCGUUUGACAUGAAUAGUGAUUUUUAUAAUGGAACACAAUGUAAUACUCCACUAUAUAAAUCACAAACUCCAUACGAGGCUAAUAAUGUGGAUUUUGCUGUUAAAAUGUGGUUAAAUGGCGGUACUCCGAAAGAAAAACUUGUAUUAGGUAUGGCAACAUAUGGAAGGUCUUUUGUAUUGAAUAAUACAUCUGAGACAGGAUUGGGUGCUCCUACUGAUGGCCAGGGUACUGCAGGUUUAACCACAAAAGAAAAGGGAUUCUUAUCAUAUUAUGAGAUCUGCUAUGACAUAAUGUAUCAGAAUUGGACAGAAGUUUGGCUUGAUGAACAGAAAGUACCAUAUGCCUACCAUGAUAACCAAUGGAUCUCCUUCGAAACUCCGAAAAGUAUUGCCAUUAAAACAAAAUAUAUUAUGGACCUAGGUUUAGGAGGAGGUAUGAUGUGGGCAUUAGAUCUAGAUGACUUCCAUGGCGUUUGUGGGCAAGGCAAAAACCCUUUAAUUAAAACAAUGAAAGAUGUUUUCAGUGGAAAACCAGGACUCGAUUUUGUACCAACUGUACUACCAGUUGUUGGAUAAUAUCAUUAGACAUGAUGUCAAUAAUACUAGGGAGACACAGAUAGUAAAUGUGACACUACAUUGUAAAUAAUAAAAAUUAACUAUUAAUCAUUUUUUUAAAGAUGGACAUUUUUGUGAUCAAUUACUUGCUAUAUAAGUUUUUAGUGACUGCAAUAAAAAGCCAGAACGCA